AUGGCCAAGUUUGGCAGAAUACGAAAAAUGGGAAACCGGUUCACAUUUCCCAAAUGCCAACGCACAACUGCCGUCAUUUGUUUACUCUCGGCUGUGGCGGGGACGUCGACUUUUUGCAGAAGUGGGUCUGGCUGGAGGUCUGAUGGCCGGACGGGUUGGCUCAACCAUUGGGUUGCCCGGCCAGCCAACCUCGCCCAAAAUGACAUCGGCUACAUGACAGGCCGCAAACUGCAUUGUCUCAAGUGA